AUGGCUUCAAUUCUUGAAGGUCCUGAUUUAAGAAUUGUGAUGAUUGGAAAAACUGGUGUGGGCAAGAGCGCUACUGGAAACACCAUCCUGGGAGAGAAGCGCUUCAGAUCCUGUCCUGCCUCUGAAUCAGUGACUGCGACCUGUGAAAAACAAAUAACACGCUGGGGUGACAGAGUGAUUAGUGUGGUAGACACACCAGGGAUCCUGGACACUGCGAAAUCUGCAGAAUUCAUCAAAGAAGAAAUUGUGAGAUGUGUCAAAGUCUCAUGUCCUGGUCCUCAUGUGUUCCUGCUGGUCAUCACAGUUGGUCGAUUCACCACCGAAGAGAAAAACUCAGUGGAAGCUCUGCAAAAGCUGUUUGGUCCAAAUGCAAACCAGUACAUGAUCGUGCUGUUUACCCGUGGUGGUGAUCUUGAUGGUAUGACCAUACAACAGUAUGUACGUGAGGGCAGCCCAGACCUCCGACGAGUCAUCCAGAGCUGUGGAAACAGGUUCCACGUCUUUGACAACACCAAAAGCAACAGAAACCAAGUGGUGCAGCUGAUCAAGAUGAUUGACAUCGUGGUUGAUAGAAAUGGGGGGGAAUGCUACACAGAUGCCAUGUAUCAAGAAGUUCAGGCCACUGCAAAAAUACAAAACAUGAGAGUAGAGGACUUGAAUGAUCACAUGCUCACAUUUAAUGAUUCAUUGCUGAGACGUGUCUUAAUCUUCCUCACGAUACUUGGAAGAGAGUAA